AUGGGCGGCGAAGAGACAUUCCGGAGCAAUCAGCGCCGCCUUGACUUGCUGACGCUUGGCGGCCCGAGGCACGCUCCACCUCCAACACCCGUCGCCCUGCCCACCACCCACGCCAUCCCGCCCGCAGCACCACCCAUUGCGCCCCCGCUGCCACCAAUCGCCGCCGCCCGCCCGCUGACCCGCGCCCUGCGGCCCGCCGCUCCCCAAGCCUCCCGUCUCCAAUUCCGCCCGGCCUCCACCAGCGCCCAUGUCGAGGACCCCGAGAUGAACGGCGGCUACGUCAACCCCCCGGCUGUCAAGCGCCAGUUCCGCGACCCGUACGGCGACUGGUGGGACAAGCAGGAGCGCCGCAACUACGGCGAACCCCUCCACGAGGACAACGACGUUCUUGCCAUCUUCUCGCCUGAGGAGUACACCCACUUCACCCCCGGCUGGGGCUGGGUCCUCUUCGGCUCCUUCUGGGCCGUUUUCGGCAGCGGCGCCGCCCUUACCUACUACCUUCGUCCAGACAAGCCCAGCACCCCAAGGACUUUCGUUGAUGGUCUGGAGAAGGAACUGGGUGGCCCCAGCGUCGUGCGCGCAAGGAAGGACGGUGAGGGUGAGUGGUGA